AGUAUGGCAAUGUAAUGAUAUUGGACGAGGGGCUUUUCCUAUAAAUCCUCACAGUAGUAUAGUACAGUAGAACACUUCAAUCAUUCAGUCACCUCGCUUCCACAGCCAGCUCUCCCCAGGCUCACUCUUCUCCCCAGUUGCGUUUUCUUUGGAAGCUUCCAUACACAACUCGCAUCGUUCAUCUUCCACUGAUGCUAUAUAAGGAGAGAGAGAGAGAGAGAUAGAGAGAGAGAGAGAGAGAGAGAGAGAGAGAGAGAGAGAUGAUCUGAUGAUGCAUGCUGUAACAGCUCCUGAACUGCACAAGUUGUAGUUUGGCUGCUGGAUAAUAAGUUCAUCCAUCCAUCAACGCUACAAAUCAAGGUCUCCGCAGAAACUCCACGUGGCUCGAGGACCCACCGCGGUGUGUGUGGAUGGUCCAGCCUCCGUGCGUGCGAUGUCACCGCCAGCCAGGUCCCCGGCCUGUGGGCCCAUCCGGCGUGGCCCACAUGUGGCCGCCCAUUUCGUUCCAGGUUGCUUGCGCCUAGAGUGUUCGAAUCUGCUACUGUAUUGUACCAACCAACUUUGAGGCUCUGCUCGGACAUUGCGUAAUCCAAGAGACCGUCAAGGCAAGGCAAAGCCAACACCAGACGAGUCGAGAACACCGCAGCAGAGCGCGGCGUCCAAUGGACAUGGACGGCAACUCCCCGCGGCGGCCUCCCCGCCGGCCUGAGCGGGAGGGGAGCUACGGCUACGACAUCGAGAGCAUGGACGGCUCCGGGGCCGGGGGCCCGCCGCCGUGGAGCGCGCACCACAACGGCUCCUCCGAGGCCCUGCUCCGCUACGACGACGGCGGCGCCGACCGCGGGAGCACGCAACAGCCGCUGCUGCGGAAGCGCACCGUGAACACGACCUCGCAGAUCGCUAUCGUCGGUGCCAACGUCUGCCCCAUCGAGAGCUUGGACUACGAAGUCGUGGAGAAUGACCUUUUCAAGCAGGACUGGCGAUCAAGAAAGAAGAAGCAGAUAUUUCAGUACAUCGUACUCAAGUGGAGCUUGGUGCUCCUUAUUGGCCUAUUAACUGGAUUUGUCGGCUUCUUCAACAAUCUUGCAGUUGAGAACAUUGCUGGAUUCAAAUUGCUGCUCACGAGCGAUCUUAUGCUCAAGGGGAGGUAUAUUAGAGCAUUUUUUGUGUAUGGAGGUUGCAAUUUAGUUUUGGCAGCAGCUGCAGCAGCAAUCUGUGCUUAUAUUGCACCUGCUGCUGCUGGGUCUGGUAUUCCUGAAGUCAAAGCUUAUCUUAAUGGGGUUGAUGCCUAUUCUAUAUUAGCUCCUAGCACACUCUUUGUUAAGAUUUUUGGUUCAAUACUUGGAGUUUCAGCUGGAUUCGUGCUAGGAAAGGAAGGGCCCAUGGUACAUACAGGGGCAUGCAUUGCCAACUUGCUUGGUCAGGGUGGAUCACGCAAGUAUCAUCUUACUUGUAACUGGCUACGCUACUUUAAGAAUGACAGAGACAGGAGAGAUUUGAUCACAUGUGGAUCUGCAGCUGGUGUGGCGGCUGCCUUCCGUGCACCUGUUGGCGGUGUUCUGUUUGCUCUUGAAGAAGCAGCAUCAUGGUGGCGAAGUGCUCUUUUGUGGAGAACAUUCUUUACAACUGCUGUUGUUGCGGUGGUAUUGAGGGGGCUGAUUGAGUUCUGUCGUAGUGGAAAAUGUGGUCUCUUUGGGCAAGGUGGAUUGAUCAUGUUUGAUCUCAGUUCAACUGUUGCAGUCUACAGUACUCCAGAUCUAAUUGCAAUUAUAGUCCUUGGGAUAAUUGGUGGAAUCUUUGGAGGCCUCUUCAACUAUCUGUUGGACAAGAUCCUCCGAGUUUAUAGUAUUAUCAACGAGAGAGGUGCUCCAUUCAAGAUCCUUCUCACUAUAACAAUAUCAAUAAUCACAUCAAUGUGUUCCUAUGGUCUUCCUUGGCUUGCUGCAUGCACUCCAUGCCCUGUUGAUGCUGUGGAGCAGUGUCCCACUGUUGGCCGCUCCGGAAAUUAUAAGAACUUCCAAUGCCCACCAGGACAUUACAAUGGUCUUGCAUCACUCUUCUUCAACACAAAUGAUGAUGCCAUCCGCAAUCUCUUCAGCAACGGCACAUCGACUGAGUUCCAAAUGUCAUCUCUUUUCAUCUUCUUCACUGCUAUUUACUGCCUUGGACUAGUGACUUACGGUAUUGCUGUCCCAUCUGGUCUCUUUAUCCCUGUUAUUCUUGCUGGAGCCACGUAUGGGCGCAUAGUGGGAACUCUUCUUGGAUCCAUAUCUGAUCUUGAUCCUGGCCUUUUUGCCCUACUUGGCGCAGCAUCUUUUCUUGGUGGGACAAUGAGAAUGACUGUGUCAGUCUGUGUGAUCCUUCUAGAGCUCACCAACGAUCUCCCCAUGCUCCCUUUAGUCAUGCUUGUUCUUCUCAUAUCCAAGACCAUAGCAGAUAGCUUUAACAAGGGAGUUUAUGAUCAGAUAGUGGUGAUGAAAGGCUUGCCGUACAUGGAGGCUCAUGCUGAACCAUACAUGAGGCACUUGGUUGCUGGUGAUGUGGUGUCUGGCCCACUAAUCACCUUUUCUGGGGUUGAGAAGGUGGGGAACAUUGUUCAUGCAUUAAGGUUAACGGGCCACAAUGGUUUCCCUGUGCUUGAUGAGCCACCCAUAACGGAAACCCCGGAACUGGUUGGGCUUGUGACUAGGUCUCAUUUAUUAGUUUUGCUGAACAGCAAGAAUUUCAUGAAGGGACGGGUUAAAACUAGUGGUAGCUUCGUUCUGCGAAGAUUUGGUGCAUUUGACUUUGCGAAACCAGGUUCAGGUAAAGGUUUGAAAAUUGAGGACCUGGAUUUCACUGAUGAGGAGAUGGACAUGUAUGUGGAUCUCCACCCGAUCACAAAUACAUCACCUUACACAGUGGUUGAGACGAUGUCACUGGCAAAAGCAGCAAUCCUUUUCCGGGAACUUGGUUUGAGGCACCUUUUGGUUGUGCCAAAGACACCAGACAGGCCUCCCAUAGUCGGGAUUCUCACAAGGCAUGACUUCAUGCCUGAGCACAUUCACAGUCUGUUCCCAAACCUCAAUCCUCACAAGUACCAUUCAGCAUCAAUGGCAGGUUGACAAGGAGACUCUUUCUGCUUCUCAUCUAUUUGGCAUUAUUCGGGUGCUGGCUGUAUGUAAAUUGCAAAGGUGUAUGCGUAUCUGGUUUUCAAUUGGAUCCAUCUCAUCUUCUCUACAUAGUUUUGUUUGUGUGGAUUUUGUAGCAUAUGCUCUUUUUGCAAUAAAAAAAAUGUGGCAGUUGUUUGGCUGGUGACUGCCUAUUAUGAGCCUGCGGCAAUAAAUGUUCAGCAAAUUGCGGAGUAAACAUUGAGAGCUCCAGAACAUGGAGAGAAAGUGUGUAUUGUAUAUUUGCGUUGUUCCUGUAAAGCAUGUUUAGUCAAACUCGAAUAUUGUCUAUAACACCGAGUAAAUCUCAGGCGGAAACAUGGGCGAGCUUUCUAAGUACAGAUUUCUUGCUA